AUGCCUCCACGUAUCUCUGUGCAGCCUUCUUGGAAGGCCCUUACAGGCAGCUUGUAUGGACAGACCUCGGGGGCCGCCGGUCUGCCACACGCGACCAAUGCCUCUCUACGAUCAGCAUCCACAAAGGCCAAGGCUCAACCUCAAAAGCGGUCCGACUUUUUCAUGAUUGCACAAGCCCGUCAGCGAAAGGCUGCCAAUCUCUCUCGACAAAAAGUUCUCCAGACAGAACGGGAAGCCUCGCUUGGCGACCCCGUUCAGAGCAAGCCCACGCCUUUUAUUCAAGAGAUUGAAGCGAUUCAAAAUGGAUCACAGGUCCCCUCUGCAGGCUCAGGGCUUAACUAUUACCUGAAGUCGGACGAGCUCAGCAGCGCGUUGCAGUUCUCGAUGGACCUGACGGAACCGCUCCAGAACCCGGACCGUGACACCGCCGACCCCCAGUUGGAGAAGGAAGCAGCGGAGCUACAUCAGAAGGAGCACCAAAUUGCAGAGGAUGCAAUCCAGCGCAUCGUCAACCUCAGCAACGGAAAUACAAAAGAUCGCCUGCGUCUGAAUGUGCAGAGGUGUAUUGAGCAAUUCGGGCGACACAACACCGACUCUAUCCUCCCACCAAAGCCAUCCGGUGCGCCACAGGGAUCUGUCUCUGCCCACCAAGAGAAGAUUCCUCGCAUUGGAGUGGAUACCGGCUCCCCCGAAGUGCAGGCCGCCAUCCUGACCGUCAAGAUUAUGAACUUGUCCCGGCAUCUACAAAGCGCGAACAAGGAUAAGCACAACAAGCGCAAUCUUCAAGUUCUUGUUCACAAGCGCCAGAAGCUUCUUCGGUAUAUCCGGCAAAAGGAGCGUGGCGGCCCUCGGUGGCAGAACUUGAUGGAGACAUUGGGAUUGUCCGAUGCUGCAUGGAAGGGCGAGAUUGCUCUUUAG